AUUUAUCUGAGGUUUGUACUUUCUAGUGCAGAGAUCGCUACAGCUACAGUGGCGUAGGCGCCAUCACGGACUCGGGACUCUCUCCCCGCACCCACAGCGCGCUCUGAUCUGAUGUGUAUUUAUUUGUGAACACCAGUUACCAAUGGCUCUUUUUUUCAAGAAAUUCACCGAGGGCGCCAAAAUCCUUGCAAAACGCCCUUCUUUUUCUAAGGAUCCAAGACAACUACAAUUUCAAGCUGACAUUAACCGCUUGUUCCUUUAUUCCAGCUACAAUCAGUUGGGGAAGAGUGCAGAUGAAGCAAAUGUCGAAGAAAUUAUUGAAAUGGCCAAUAAAGCCUCUUUUGCUGAUCAACAGAUGCAAGUUCAAGAAAAUGUUCAUUCACAAAUCAAAGCAUUUUGCACCUUCAUGGAUGAAAUUCUUCUGCCAAACAAAAAGAUGGUGAAUGAUUUCUCUGAAUUAUCUCGGCAAACGAAUACUUUGCCUCAUCGAAGUGGGCUUAGUUUUGCUGUGGGUAGGAGCAAUACACCUAUCAAUCCCGACGUCCCUCAGACAAGGCCAUUAAGCCAAGCAGAAGUUUCUCAGAAAUUAAAAAAUCAACUUGGCUUCACACUUGAUGUUAAAUCUUCUCAAAUACCCCACAAGGAUGCUGGCCAGGGUCUAUUCUUAGAUGGCGCAGCAGAUGUUGGUGCUGUAAUUGCCUUCUAUCCUGGGGUGGUCUAUUCUCCAGCUUUCUAUCGGUAUAUUCCCGGAUACCCCAAGGUUGAUGCACAGAAUCCCUAUUUGAUUACUAGAUACGAUGGGAAUGUCAUCAAUGCCCAACCUUGGGGCUCUGGAGGUGAAGUGCGAGAACCAUGGAGUGGUAGAAUAAUGGGUGAAAUCAAACCCAAUGUGAAAGGAACCGAGAAAGGCUCAGAGAAGUUCUGGAAACUUCUUAGUAAGCCUUUAGAAGGCAACAAACUUGGAUCCAAGAAUGAAAUACUUGAGCGUAGAAACCCUUUAGCUUUAGCUCAUUUUGCAAAUCACCCUCCAAAAGGGGUGCAACCAAAUGUCAUGAUUUGCCCUUAUGACUUCCCAUUAACCGAAGACAACAUGAGAGUUUACAUCCCAAAUGUUAUGUUUGGAAACGGUGAAGUGAACAUGAGGAGAUUUGGCAGCUUUUGGUUCAAAUCUGGGGUGUCUAGAAAAAGUGCAUCAUCAACAAAUGCUGCGACACUGAAAACUCUUGUUUUGGUAGCUACUAGAGCUCUUGAAGAUGAGGAAGUCCUCCUCAACUACAGGCUCAGCAACACCAAAGGGAGACCACAAUGGUAUGCUCCAGUAGAUGAAGAAGAGGACAGGAGAAGAUGGAGCUAAAAUCACUACACAAUCCGGUAGUUCUUUCUCUUUUCUUCUUUUUUUUUCAUCAGACGCCGAAUUUGUAUUCAGAUUUAGUAAUUUUUGUGAAAGAUGAAGCUAGGGAUGAUGAAAUUUUGUGAGAUUGAUUAUGGCCCAUUUUUAAUGGUCAAAAUACAAGUUGUGAUGUACCAAAAUUCCGAUAUUCAGCAACCUUUAAAUA